AUGCCCAAGUCAGGUUUUUCAGAGUCUGUCUAUGCGAAUAUCAGUUACCUUUUGGAGCAGAGAAAGAAUGAAGAGCUGCCACAAGAAGUAAGAAGAAGGCUUCCAUGGGUAAUUUGGUUCCUUUGGAAAAACCGGAAUGAUCUUGCCUUCCAAAGCCAUCAAUUCAACGCUAUGGCCACGAUGGAGAAGAUUACGGAAGAAGCAGAGCUAUGGUUUUUGGCUCAGGAAGUUGAUAAAAGUUGUGAGAUUCUGGCUCCGGUCUUGCAUCAGAGUGAAGUUAAAAGGUGGAGACCUCCACCGGUCCCCUGGUUGAAGUGCAACGUUGGUUGCUACUGGGAGAAAGGGUCAAGUAAAGGAGGAAUGGCUUGGGUCAUUCGUGAUGGGUCUGGGUCUGUUUUGUUGCAUAGUAGAAGAGCUUUUGCUAAUGUUAACAGCAAACUCGACUGUAACUUCUUAGGUGUUUUAUGGGCUUUGGAAAGUUUGAGGACCCAUGGUGUAUCGACGGUGGUUUUGGCCGCGGAAGAUUCGGUGGUGUGUGGGGUUUUGGAAAGACCAAAAGCGUGGCCCUCUUUUAAGAAGCAAGCGUUGGAGUUUUCUUCGGUGAUAUCCUGUUUUGAGAGUCUGAAAGUUGAGCUGGAACCGAGAUGUGCUAAUAGAGGGGCUUUUCUCAUAGCCCAAAGUGUUAUCAGAGGAGAUCGUUGCCAUUCCUACGUUGCGACGGGUAGUCCCUCUUGGUUGAAUAACAUCUUUGCUCAUGAGAGAGUCUGA